GGGAGAGAGAGGCAGCGCUACCCUCUCCAGCUCUAAUCUCUGAGUCCCGUCUCUGUGCGUUGGUGCUCUUUAUAUAUAGAGAGUUAUGUUUCAAGGAUAUGAAUUAAUUUGAAGAUAGAUUUGUGUGAGCUCAGGACACCAUCAGCUGGAUGUAAACUUCAAUUUGACUCUGUUCUGGAGUGAAGAUCAUCUGGACUCUGGAGUCACCACAACAACUACAACCAGAAACUGAGACACACACACACGUUUCAACUACACAACAAAGUGGUUGAAAUUGUGAUGUUAGAUGACAUCAUCAUUACAUCAUUACCAUCUGUAAACUUUAAAAGCCAGUGUCAGGAGCACAGUCACUGUAACUAAAGUGACACAAGCAUAACUUUGGUUUUUAGGUGAAUUAAUUAUGUUUAUCUCAGUCACUUAUUUCUGAAUUUAAUUCCAGACAUAAGUAUCAAGCUUAACAAAAGACUUACAGUAUAAAUCAGCUACCAGCUGAGCAGGGUUAGUAAGCCAACAUGGCUGACCCCUACCAAAACAACAUGUACCAACAAGGGGGUGACAGCUAUGGGACUUACGGAGAAGGUGGCGACUACCCUCCUCAGGAAGAGGACGCAGCGAGCGACGUGACGGAAGGACACGAUGAAGAGGAUCAGAUGUACGAGGGGGAAUAUCAGGGGAUCCCACAUCCUGACGAGGUGAAGGUUGCACAGAGAGCCGCACGGGCUAAAGCCCGAGAAGGCAGAAGCGGCAUCUCUGAACUAGAGGAGUUGUCUGAACAGUACGAGGACAUCAUGGAGGACUGCGGCCACGGGAAGUUCCAGUGGACGCUCUUCGUGGUGCUGGGCCUGGCUUUAAUGGCCGACGGGGUCGAAUGUUUCGUGGUGGCUUUUGCUCUACCGUCCGCAGAAAAGGAUCUGUGUCUGUCCCACGCAGAUAAAGGAACGCUGGGUUUGACCGUCUUUCUGAGCAUGAUGGUGGGAGCGUUCGUGUGGGGCGGUCUGGCAGACAAAGUGGGCCGCCGCCGCUGUCUGAUCGUGGCGUUGGCUAUAAACUGCAUCUUUUCAUUCCUGUCGUCGUUCGCCCAAGGUUACGGCUUCUUCCUCUUCUUCAGGCUGCUGUCCGGCAUCGGGAUUGGUGGCACGGUGCCGAUCGUGUACUCGUACUUCUCUGAGUUUCUCCAGAUGGACAAGAGAGGGGAGCAUCUGUCCUGGCUGUGUAUGUUCUGGAUGGUUGGUGGGAUCUACGCCUCCUUCACUGCGUGGGGCAUCAUCCCCAGAUAUGGCUGGGGGUUCAGUAUGGGUACAGAGUUCCAGUUCCACAGCUGGCGGGUUUUUGUCCUGGUUGCGGCUCUUCCUGCGAUCAUGUCUCUGGUUGGACUCUCCUUCAUGCCUGAGAGUCCUCGCUUCCUCCUGGAGAACGCCAAACAUGAUGAGGCCUGGAUGAUCCUGAAGCAGGUCCAUGACACCAACUGGAGGGCCAAGGGACAGCCGGAAAAAGUCUUCACUGUGACUCACAUCAAGGCUCCGAAAACAGCAGAGGACGAGUUCAUAGAGAUUCAGAGUGCGACAGGAACAGCUGUACAACGAUGGGCUGUGCGCUCACUAACACUCUGCAAACUGGUGUUCAGGAACGUGGCGUCUCUCCUGUCUGCAGAGCUGCGCUUAGCUACACUCUUCAUGGCCGUCAUCUGGUUCUGCAUGGCUUUCAGUUACUAUGGUCUGUCUGUUUGGUUUCCUGACAUGAUCAAACACCUUCAGUACAUGGAGUACACGUCCGAGGUCAAGGAGUUCGAUGGAGAAAGAGUGGAGAACUUCCGUUUUAACUUUUCUCUGGAGAACCAAAUCCAUAGAGAAGGACAAUUUAUCAGUGACAAGUUCAUCAGUAUAACGAUGAAGUCAGUGAAGUUUGAGGACUCACUGUUUGAAGACUGUCGCUUUGAGGACAUCACGUCCACAGACACAAUAUUUGAGAGAUGCACCAUCCGCUCCACUGUCUUCUUUAACACAGACCUGUCGGAGGAGAACUUCAUCAACUGUACGAUGGAGAACAGCACCUUUGAGCAGAACAAACACGGCUGCCACCUGGACAGUGAUGAGGAGAACGACACCCUCAUUUACCUGGUAAGCUUCCUGGGCAGUCUGGCGGUGUUACCGGGCAGCAUCAUCUCAGCUCUCUACAUGGAGAAGAUCGGCAGGGUCAAGAUUAUAGGUGGCUCCAUGCUGACUUCAGCAGGCUGUACCUUCUUCCUGUUCCUGAGCUUCAGCCAGUCAGCAAUCAUUGCUCUACAGUGUCUCUUCUGUGGCAUCAGUGUAGCUGCUUGGAACGGCAUCGAGGUGGUGACCGUGGAGCUGUAUCCUGCUUCUAAAAGGGCCACAGCGUUUGGCGUGCUGAACGCUCUCUGUAAGCUGGCAGCUAUCCUUGGCAGCACAAUCUUCUCCAGCUUUGUGGGCAUCACCACAGCCGUCCCCAUCCUGCUGUCUUUCACAGCGCUGGUGUGCGGUGGCCUCGUGGCUCUCAAACUACCUGACACGCAGGACAAAAUCCUCCAGUGAAUUUAUUUUGAAAGCAAGAAUAGAAAAAACUCAUGCCUGUUAAAUGUAAAAUACCAAGUUCUAUUUUUUUUUUCAUUUGCAGCACCAUUUUCAUUUUGUACACGUUCUACAAAGGUAGCGGGGGGUUGGGGUUUAGUCGUACAAGUUACAAUGUUCAAAAAGAGGCUGAGAGUUUGGAUUUUUUUCUGAUGCUGUGAUGCAAUUUAUCUGUUAAGACAAAAUGGACUUAAUGUUAUUUUUGUGUAAAUGCCGCUUGAGGCUUAAAUCACAUGAUAUAACUGGUCGUCACAUUCUCUGCUACUUGCCUUUAUACCAGUGGUUCCUUGAAUUAUGGCGAGUCAUGUCAAAUACUGGCCAAAUGCUUUCUGUGACCGGCACAUUUUUAGGCUUUACAGCUAUUUUAGCAAAUGAAAUUGUGAAAGAGGUAUGUUGAAUUUUUAGAAGUUACAGUUCCUCUCCACUUACUGUCAGUUAUCCUUGAAAACACUGUUCUUGUGCUGAGCCACCAGCACAAGAACAGUGCUGAGCCACUCAGAGCUGUGUUUGUCCUGCAUUAUAAAGAAGGGAAUCUAAGCUAUCGCUCACAGCAUCAAGUAGUCCUGUAACCUCAGCACUACAAUACCCAUGAUUCAAAUAACAUUACAGAAUGACAUACACACAGAUGACUUACUUGAAGUGAAACAGCUACUUAUUUGUAUGUUGAAGUCCAACAUUUUGUCUCCUGUGCUGUAUGUUUUGCAUGAGCACUAUCACCUCUUCCUGUUCUUGGGUUCAUUAGUAGAGAGAAAGUACGUUCUCAUUUGACUUAAACAGACAAAAUAUAUGUGAGUAAAACUGUGCGCAUUUGCUUUUCAGUCUCUGUCUGACUCUGCCUUUCAACGUAGGCACAAGGUCAAUAUUGGUUUCACCUCCACGCAGUUUCUAAACACAGGUUGAAUCUACUUUAUCUCUGGCCUUGACAGUGCUGUAAGAUGUAAAUUGAGUUGGGGAAUAACUACAGUAGUAGGCUAAUGACUAAAGAAGUGCUGAAUGGAGUAGACAGGUGAUUAGCUUUGACAAAUGAUCAUUUUAGCCAUUCAAAACUUCAUCAUGAACCAUUUUAUUUAUUUUUUAGGUACUUUUAGGUUUUGACUGUUGAAUGGUCACACAAAAUCAGAAUGUUGAGUACAUCAACCUGUGACGAGCAUUUUUACAUUAAUCAAUGAGAAAACAGUAAUAAAAUAAUUAUAUUUCUUGUGACCUUAAAUUGAAGUCGUACAAUUUAUUAUUCAAAGUUUUGCUUGAAAUAGCAAAACUUCCCUAGAAAUAACAUUUCUACACAACUAAGCUGCAACAGCAAUAUAUUUUGUAGGAAAUGUGAUUGUACUUUCUAUAAAGAUAAUCAGGAUAUGUUGUUAAUUUACAUGCUUACACGCUGUACAUGGGGCAGAGUGUUCAGUGUCUUCCAAAGAGACUUUUUUAGUUUCUGAAGAUCCUGUUUAGACCAGAUGGAUGAGGCAGAUCUUCCUUCCUCUGUUUGCUUUGCUUUGACCAAACCUUGGCUGUGAUCUUGAAUCUGAAAUUGUUUACUGUCUCACUGUAAGAUGAGAAACUUCUGUGAUAGGCUGCUGCUUUGUCUGGCUGUAUCAUCUGCUUUUAUUUUUAUUAUUAGCUGUUCCAAUGACAUUUCUUUCAUCAAUGGUGAUUCAUAGAACUAAAAAGAAAAGAUAAAGCAAUGACUGACUGACUGACUUUUUCACCUCUGCACAUCUGGUCAAUUACUACUUCAAAUCAGCCCCCCAAUUCAGACAUUGGACCGGUGUGGGGAGGGGGAUCUGAAUGCUGUUUGAUGAUCUGACAAACACUUCAUUUGAAGUUAUAAUUCAUAAAAUAUCAUAAGGUUCAAGGUUUAAUUGACAUGAUUUUCUGUGAAUUUCCAAAUGCCAUCUAGCAAAUUGAUUAUCCACAACCACCAAGCAAAGGUUUCAUGUACCAAACUCACAUUAAAAGAACAUUUUUCAAACUUAUGGAAACUACAAUUUGCCUUCAGAAGCCAACAUGCUACAGCAGUAAAAAAAAAUCCCCUUUAAUUAAUGGCAAUGGUAUGAUAAUGUUUUUGUUUUUUUUUAAAUAAAGAUUCACUGCUUGCAAAUCACCAAAAUGAGCCCAAGUCUAGUUGUGUAUGAUCGUCUAUGAACGUGUUGCUAGUACUGUUUGUUUUUGUUUGUUUGAUGUACAGUGUUGGGAAUGGCUUAUGAAUAGUGUGUCUUUUUAUGACUUCCUGUCUUUAUUUAUUUGGACCUGUUGUCUGUGUCUGACAUUUCUGUGAAGCAGAGACAAAAAGCCAUAAUCUGUUAUUUGUUUGGAUAUUUUGUAUUUGAAAUCACUGUCUUUCUUUUCAUUGGUGGAGAAGGAGAAAUCCUACCAAUGUAAAAUGUCUCACUGUUUGACUCCAUCUCUGUCUGUUGCUAUGUGUAUUUGUGGCUGUGACAAAUCAGACCAAUAAAAUGAGUUCAUCAGUGCACUAA